CGGAGUGAAGGAGGAGUGCGCAGAGAGGAGGAGGUGGGGAGGGAGGAAGGAAGGAAGAGGGAGGGAGGGAGAAGAAGCAGGUCGACAUAGCUACCUACAGUGUAGUAAACGAGGAAAGACAAAAGAGAGGAAGAAAGGUGAGCGGAGAAGAAGGGAGAAGAAGGAAGGGAGGAACCGGAAGAAGAAGAAGAACAAGAAAGAGGGAAGGAGGAAUUGCUACACACUGUGUGGUCUACAUUGUCAAGAGGAAAGAGAGAGGGAGGAAGAAAGGUGAAAGAAGACGAAGAAGGAAGAAGAAGGAAGAGUCUCUAAGCAGAUACUGUGGUCAGCGCUUGCACAGGAAGAAGAAGAAGAAGCAGGAGAAGAAAGAAGAAGAAGGAAGAAGAAGAACAAGGUGAUAGCUAUGGCGCCAGCAGUGGUGGCAUGUCGAACUGCCUUGUCUUCCUUGCAGACGGCGAACGCAGGUCUUUCCGACGGCGGGAUCUGGACGUUGGGCGGGAUCCCGAGGCCGCUUCAUAGAUUGUCCACGUGGCAAUGUCGAAGUAGUGGUCUGUCGAUUCGAUCUGUUGAUCGACGGCGGAAGAAGCUUCAUCGUGUCUUCACCGAGGUGAGAGAUGGCGGCGCUGACGGCGGCGAUGGCGGCGGCGAUGGAGGAAGUACCGCGGCCAUCGCCAACUGCAACUGCAGCAAGCAAACGGGAAGAAGAGGAGGAGGAGGAGGAGGAGGAAGUAGGGAUAAGCGGAGGCGGAGGAUGGGUCGAGACGAGCGAUGGAGGUUAGGACGUGGAGGCUCCGCUGACGCAAGAGAGUACCCACAGCUGUGCAGCUCCUGCUGCAGCUGCAGCAGCAGCAGCCGCAGCAGCGAUCUAUUUCUGACGUCGGAGGAACAAGAGGAGGAGGAGGAGAAGGAGGAGGAGGAGGUGGUGGUGAUUGCACAAGGUGCCCCUUCGGCCUCGCCGGUCGUCUUCCUUGAGCUCCAACGGCGGGGAUUGCAAAAGGUGCCCCUGCGAGUUCCGAUCAAGCUUUUAGCCAAGCUGGCGCUGGCGUCUCUGCUCGCCGCUCCGCUCCUGGACUACGUCUUUCCUAAACUGGCAAGUGCGGCGGCGCAGACGCUCGCGCAGUCCAGCCUCGGCCUGCGCGUGGCCGCCGCCCUCCGCUCAUCCAACUGGCCCGACAGUGCCAUCAUCUUCGUAAUCUCGAUGUUACCGGUGCUGGAGCUGCGGGGCGCAGUCCCGGUCGGGUACUGGAUGGGUCUGGAUCCCGGCGUCACCAUCCCGGUCUCCAUCAUCGGAAACAUGGUCCCGGUCCCGAUCAUCCUCCUCUACCUCGGCAAGCUGUCUUCUUUCCUGAUCGAGAAAAGCGCCCUGGCGGCGCGCUUCUUCGAUUUCCUAUUCGAGCACACCAGGGCGAAGGCGGGACCCAUCGCAGAGUUCAAGUGGCUGGGUCUCAUGCUGUUCGUCGCGGUCCCGUUGCCAGGCACCGGGGCCUGGUCGGGGGCCAUAGCCGCUCACAUUCUAGGCAUGCCCUUCUGGGAUGCCAUGUCAGCCAAUUUCGUCGGAGUGGUCCUCGCUGGACUAAUCAUGAACAUGUUCUGCACGGUUGGAUUGAGGCAGGCGAUCGUCGUCGGGAUCGGGUUGUUCAUCUUAUCCAGCGGGAUCUGGAGUGUAUUGCGACUCGUAAGGAAGAAGCUCGGUUAUGGAGCGGGCGACAAAGACGCGACGCCCGCCGCUUGAUCUUCUCCCUCCCUCCCUCCCUCCCUAUUGCUCUCUCCUUCCCACCCUCUCUCUYUCUCUCUCUCUCUCUCUCUCUCUCUCUCUCUCUCUCUCUCUCUCUCUCUCUCUCUCUCUCUCUCUCUCUCUUYUUUKUKCKUUUKGUGUCYUUAWUCU